GCUUAAAGCUUUUAUACGAUUGAUUCAUACUUUUAAUUGUAUUAACGUUGUAAUUAAAAUCCUUGAUAUUAUGUUUCUUUUUAUAAAACCGCGGUACCUUUGAAAUUGGCUCCUAUGAAUUAGUAAUGACCAAAUGCGAAGCGGAGCGGAGCAUGAAUUGUGUUAAGCGAAGAUAUAUAAGACGGUGCGGAUUAUCUGAUGAAAGUCAGUGAGUUCAGCCAAUGUGGUUGGGUACAUGGAAUUUAGUUUCAAAUGGAAAUACAACUCUAAAAAGGCGGAGAAAAAGUUGAAGAAUUUUAUCGCGCUGAAAAUAUAUAUCUUAAUUAUCAUUAGCUUAUGUAAAUGUGAAAACAUUUCUGGUUUUGUUUUACAUAUUAAUUGAAUUAACGCGUUUGAAGUGAAUUUAUGUGACUUACUGCCGUUAUUUACAGGCUACGUAACAAGACGAGACAUAAUAUCAAAAUUAUGGAUACCACGGAGCUACAAACUAUUAUAGGAUGUGAAGUUAAUUUUAUGGGAUAAACGUUAACGUCAAAAAACGUAGGUGUUUCAUUAGUAUAUUUUUGCGAUGGGUUUAAAGUUAGUGAUAUUAUCGGCAAUCGCCGCGAGAUAUGGAUUGCUCGUGCCCCCCGUGCUCGGGGCUUCUAUGAAAUACAUAGACAACAGUUCUGAACGUCAUGACAGUUACUUCCGUUACACGACGGAACAAGAACGUUGGGCUGACGUUGCUUACACGUAUAUAAAAAAUUUGGACUGCUCUGAUACAAUGGACGCGUUUUUUACAACUAAACGCGAGUGUAAAGAGUUGGUUGAUAUCGAACGUCAAAGAAUGAACGUUUACAUCGCGUCACCGUCAAUUUUUGGCGCCAAAUACCGGGCGUCAUUGCCGGAUGAAGAGCUAACACGGACGGACACACAUGACGCCGUAAUGGUUGUAGAUCCUUUCCCUACGGCGAAUUUUGGACAUUUAGUGUUGGUGUUUUAUAUCGAUAAAGGUGUUAGUCCAGGAGACUGUUAUAAUAUGGACGGCCAGAAUUUAGGGAACCAGCACUGCUUAACCAUGGCGUUACGAAAACGUUGUAAAAACGCAUUGGAGCGUCGUUUUCGACGAAGAAAUUAUGCCAAACGAUGUGAAAUCAACUUUUUACCAGUUGUUCAUUUUGACACACCAAAUGACGGCUCAUCAGCAUCAAUAUCGUCAUCGGAGGCGUUCCCAUUAAAACGAGAAAACCAUUUAGAGUGCAAGUCAAACUUUGCCGGUUUCGGACAAUGUCCUGAAUUUCGGACAGUUAAAGAAACGUCGGAAUUAAUAUGCAAUCCGAUCCGAGAUAACACCCAGAGGUGUUCUACGACUCACGAGACAGUCCAUACAAGCUGCCGGAUGUUUGAAACGUGUGACCAAGCGGUGAUUUUGUCCGGCGGUUGGAAUCGACUGACGACGUCGCGACGCCAUCACCGUAAUGUGGAGUUAUUUUAUUGGAUGUUACGAGAACAUGGAUUCAAACGACGUAACAUAAAGGUGUUCUUCGCGAAUGGAGCUGAGGGCGUGCAAAUGCCAGGGGAGCACCCUCAUCAGGUACUUCCGGCUGCUAUGAAGCUGGCCUUCCGGUAUCACCUUCAGACUAUGUGCGCAACAAUACACUGCGUGGACGCUUUGGUUCUGUAUAUGAACAGCCCCGCGAAGACGGACGGUACCGCUCUACUGUGGGACGUGGACGGGGAUGGCAUUGCCAGCGAAGGAGAGCAAUACCCCAUCGACGAGUUGUUAUCGGACCUCUCGAACUGUCAGGCACGGUCUGUCCACGUGGUUAUAGAUCAGUCCUAUGCUGGGGAGGUGGCGGCAGCGUUCCGAGGAUCUGCGGCUCACAAGAACGUUCUAGUGUUCGCUAGUGGCCGGGAUAACGAGUAUGCUUACAAUGACGAUUACACGCUUCACUGGGUAAAGGCAAACCACCGGAAACAAUGUAGUCGCCAAGUCCACGAGCAUACUGCUAACGCCAUAAAACAAUCCUCUCCAAUCAUGCGUGAAGGCGAACAAGGACGAGUCCACUCGACAAUCUUCGGCGCCCCUUGUGACGUCACUCCGGAGUUUUCCGAUCAAGAAUUGCGCGAGCACUACCUUGGAUGUCAGAACCUGCCAACUGCCGAAUGGUUAAAAGCCUUAUCAAGCCAAGGGGAUUGAUUGUUCUUUUACGGAAGAAGAAAUGUGUAAACGUGAUGAAGUAUCAUAUUUAAUGUAAUAUAACCUUACAAAACGCAUUCCAAAUAUGACAGGGGGGUUUAAAUGUUGCAUUUUGUGUUAAGACAAUAAAUCUCAGUGAUACUUCAAGACGAUUUAUCGAACUGAGAAGUGAUAUGCCUUUCUGUAUAUAUGUGGCCGAAUAUUCGGUCAUAUUUGAAGUGAAAAUGGACACUUUGAACUGAUGUGACUAUGUAAAAAUUCAAUGUGCAAUAUCGCCUACGUAUAUAAAAUCACGUGUAUUUUCACAUGUAAUACGACUCUUAUAUGAUAUUCGAUAUCAGUUCACGGGUAAUAUUUGAUAGUUCAAUACAACAAUGAUAUAACGCUUAUUCGUUGAUAUUAUAUUGGACAGUAAUGAAUUUAAGAAUUUGCCCAUUUAUUUGUAGAAUAGUAUAAUUGGCAAUUGGUUAAAACACUGAUAUCAAGUUUAUUCAUUGAUAUUAUCUUCAAGGCGUGUUUGACACUUAUGAACUUUAAAUUACACCCUUUCUUUGUCGAAUAGCCUACUUAACAAUCAUUUGCUCUAUCGUGGAAGCAAGAUAUCAUAUUUAUUUUAUUUUGUACACUUCAAAAAGCUCUGACCGUUUCUGUUUCGGACGUUAUGACUAAUGGAACACGUGAUGUCAUCAAUAAAAUAUAAUUAUCAUAUCGAGUUGACAUUUAGAAAAUGAGUAAGUUAGAUAUUUCUUUAAAGCUGACCUCCCACAGAUUGAACAUUUUGACUUUUUUUUUUCUUUUAACUUAAAUUAAAAAUCUGCGAUCUAUUUUUUUUGUCAGCAGUCUUAUAUAACUGGUUUCCGUAAAUUGGCUCGUUUCAAGACAAAACAUAAAAAAAGUUGUCAAAACGUCCAGUCUGUGAGAGUGCAGCUUUAAGUCUCUAUUUCAAUUGAAUUCAUCCAUUAGAUGACCUCAUCUGCAAUCAUUCAAGACCAAAAAAUCCUGCUUUUAAUAUGUGUUUCGGUAGUAACACAUCAAAUCCUUUUGAAUGAUACAAACUUAAUAUGGGUCAUCAGGGACCAUGGUUAGUUUACCAAUGAACAGCUUUAAGUCCAAGUCUAGACUCAGACGCAGAAAAACACGUUUUCUUGAUUACAAGGAAUCAUCAUAAUUCCAUCACUAAACAAUGCUAAUAAUUGUAGAACUUCAAAUGGUAAUAACAUUCAGCAAAUGUCAUCAUCAGUACCGAUCUAGAAUGGAAGUUGCAAUGGUAGGAAUGCCCGCAGUUUUGUCACUUGUGUCAAAACUCAGACCGUUAGACCAUAGCCCAUGGAACCCAAAGUUCACAUGUUUGUACAACAGAUACUUUAAAUUAUAGGCCGUAAAGUUGUCUUUGCCCUUGGAUACUGACAAGAUCUAAACGUGUACAUUUCUAUUAUUUAUUUCCUGUGAUGUUUGUCAGUAUUUAUCAUUUUCAUUUAUAAAAACUGCUUUGUAAUUGUAUGCCGACCAAUUCCACCUUAUACCUUAUGACAAGUAUGACUAAACACCAAAAAGCGCGAAAAGCACAGAUCUUGCGAAAAACGUUUCCUUGCUUUUUGUACUUUUCGGUGUUUAGUCAUAACGACUAAUGACGUAAUGACAUAUACAAGAAGCUAUGUAUGUCAAUAUUUAUUAUAGCGUUCGAGAUCUACGUUUGGCUGUUUAUAUGUUAGACCUGUUCAACGAAAAGCGUUUACAUUAGUUUAAAAUUCUUACUUAACUUUAAAAUGAUUAUGUUGAUUUGAAAGAAUAAAUUCU